AUGAUGGGAACGUUUCUACGAGUUCCUGUAUCCGUCCUCCAAGUUGCUGCUGCUGUACACCAAAUUCAUGAGCAUUUCUUUCAAAUCCAAAUGACAUCUGGUCCCAGUAUGAUGCCCACUUUAAAUUCUGGCGGUGAAUUUGUCCUACUCGACAAAUAUCAUGGUCGCUUUGGGAGAUGCUCCACCGUUGGAGAUAUGGUGGUUGCCGCAAAACCUACCGGCCCGAGGCAGUAUGUUUGCAAACGAAUUAUCGGUAUGCCUGGAGAUGUGGUGUAUACUGACCCUGUGGUGCCUGACACUAAAAUCAAAGUCCCUAAAGGUCAUGUUUGGCUAGCUGGUGAUAAUAUCAUGCAUUCCUUAGACAGCCGUACCUAUGGUCCUGUUCCCAUGGGUUUAAUCAAAGCUAAAGUCAUAGCCCGUGUAUGGCCAAAUCCAGGUUGGCUGUCGAAUUCUCUGGAAGAUUACUCACCUUCAUGA